CUCGGCAAAUAUCCAAACAUCACCCAAAGUAAAGAAUUAAGGUCUCCCUCCUCUGUCCUGCACACUGCUCUCAACUCUGCCCAGGGCAUGAACUUGCCUUGGAAUCUUUUGAGUCUUUUCUCUCCAUAGGGCGAAGAGUAGAAGGUUGUACAGGAAUUCCUGCUAUAUAGGCAUUCUUCUGGAUAAAUGAAUACAUUUCUCCAAUUUUGGUGGAAAGAGAGUAGUGAUGUCUAGACCUUUCAGCAACAGAAGCGGGCUGCUUGUUAGUUCUAAGACAGCGAUGCUAUCUGCUCAGGAAAAAAUGUUUGUUACUUUGUGGGAGUUCUUCUAUGGGCACUUUUUUCGAUUUUGGAUGAAAUGGCUCUUACGACAGAUGACUGGAAAGUGUGAAUUGCAGCGAAUUUUUGAUACUUAUGUGGGUGCCCAAAGGACACACAGAAUAGUUAAAAGCUUAACUUAUGAGAAAAACAAAAUUUUACAGAAAGCAACACAAGUUAUUCAGAGUGAAGUGGACAGAUGUGUAGAAGAUAUAAUGAAGGAAAAGAACAUUAACCCUGAGAAGGAUACCAGUUUUAAAAUCUGCAUGAGGACGUGCUUACUACAGAUAACUGGUUAUAAACAGCUAUAUUUGGAUGUAGAAAGUGUGAGGAAAAAGCCAUAUGAUUCUGAUAAUCUGCAGCAUGAGAAGCUACUCCUGAAGCUUUGGAAUCUUCUAAUGCCCACAAAGAAGUUGACAGCCAGAAUCUCCAAGCAGUGGGCUGACAUUGGUUUCCAGGGUGAUGAUCCUAAGACAGACUUCAGAGGCAUGGGUAUACUCGGAUUAAUCAAUCUUGUGUAUUCUUAUGCAAUAGUUGGAAUCAAUCUCACAGAGAUGGCUUAUAGCUUGCUGAAGAAUGAAGCUUUGAAGUCUCAUCUCUACAACUGUGUUCCUGGUGUACCAACAAUGGAACAUUUUCACCAGUUUUAUUGUUAUCUUGUCUAUGAAUUUGACAAGUUUUGGUUUCAAGAAGAACCAGAAAGCAUCAUGUAUUUCAACCUGUACAGAGAGAAGUUUCAUGAAAAGAUUAAAGGACUCUUAAUGGAUUGCAAUGUAGCACUUACUUUAAAAAUGUAAAUCACCCAUAGUAUCUUCUAUUUCUACCACGUUUUGCACACACAACAGAAUUUAUAUGUUGUAAUAGAAAGUAUCUGAUCAAUUACACUCUUAUAUAUAAUUUCCUACGAAAAUACUUCAGAAAUUCUAUUUAAGAAAGCUAGUGGACAAUCAGUGUAUGUUUACAAUUGUUUAUACACUGUUCUCCAAAGGUACCUUAUGCUUCCAAAGAUCCCCUCUGUAGAGCCAUGUCAGCUACAGUUUGGAACUUGGGACUUAGCCCGUUGUGGAAAAGUAUAAAUCAGGUAUUUAUAUUAAAUUGGUUGAUGAAAAUGUGUACAAGUCAGUUUUCAUUCUUACGUGUCAUAGCUAUCAAAUUGGUAUCCUUUUCAAAACACUUUAAGUGUUUUGGCCUAGAAUAACUGUUUUUAAUUUGUUUUGUCUUCUUUUUAUUUCUAGGCUAAUUAACAGCAAGAGUAUUUCCUUAGGACUUUCUUUGCAUCUCAAUUACUUGUCCUGAUGUCACUGUAUUAGUGGUAACAAGAGCAGAGAUGUCAGACAGGAUCAAGAAUCAUGACCUCCUUUUUUGUUUUCUUUGGUUACUGAACAUAGCAGAUAAUGAGAGAAUGACGGUGUGACUAGCUUUGUUGUUUUUAAAUACUGCUUUAAAAAAUCACAGUGUUAAGGCUUACUGACAUUUUCUCAUUUUCAGUAUUUGCUUUGCUUUUAUCCAUUGUAGUAAAGAACCUUAUUUACUUAGUGGUUUGGUGUGAGGGCUUCUACCUGUGUGUGCUUAUGAAAAGCAAUGCAUUUGCUAAAAGUCUUUUUUCCUUUUUUUUUUUUAAUCCCCCUUCUUUCUAUACUGAGGAUCAAGCCCAGUACCUCACGUAUGCUAGACAAGUAUUUUACCACUGAGCUACUCCAGCCCAGGAAAAUUUUAAUUUUAUUCAGCAGUUUCUACUAAAAUAAAGCAGUCUUGGAAAUUUAAGAAGAAAAUUUAAAACUUUUUAAUAAUCUUUUUAAGUAUCAUUGGUUUUUUGACUGAACCAUUAACUCUUUCUUCUCUUACUUUGAACUCUUGCUUUGACUCUGUGGUGUUUCGAGAUAGCAAGUAUGGACCUUCUGUUAACUGUCUGUGGGACACUAAAAUAGCUUGAACUGUGCAUUUUGUAUAGCUUUAUUCUCCUAAAAAAAUCUCAGGAGGGCAGCAGGUGCUGUCAAGGAUUACAUGUGAUGAGAUCCUAAUGGGAAUUUCUUCUUGAUGUGAUUUACAUGUUUGUACUCAGCAAAACUAAAGGAGCUUAAAGAUAGGAAAGUUCAUGUGAUAACUAAGUCCUCCUUAAACCCUGUGGAAUUCAACUUGUUAAAGACAUAAUUUAAAGCAUGAUGAUAUUUUGCACAUCUUUCAAACACAGACACACAUACACACACACGUAUAUAUACUGUUUAAGUACUGACUUGUAUGUGAUAUAGCAAGACUUGGUAUUUUUCAAGUGUUUGCUCAUGUCUGUUGACAGACCUCUCUUCAAACUUGUCAAGAGUGGUAAGAAAUAUCCAAUUGGAAAGGAACACAUGUAGUGUUUAAUACCACAUACAUUCAAGUACAUGCAUUAAAAUGAUUUUUUAAAUAAAACUUUUAAAAACUUGGUCCAUUUUGUCAUAAUAGUGACAAUUUAACUCUUCAGUAUUAUAGGAAGUUCAUAAUUGAUUUCUUAUAGGGGACUUCUCACCUUUUGGGAAUAUCUUCAGCUGUUUUUCAAAAGUGUUUUCAUGCUCUUUCUUUCAGCUGGAGUCUUCUGAUGUGUAGCAGAAUUUCAAACAAAGAUCAGGUGUUAACCAUGAAGUUCACUCUGUUACUGUAUUAACUAUUCUAUGGAAAGUAAUUCAGUUAGUCUUUAAUUUUUGUGCUGAAAAUAUUUGUUUAUGUUUUAAUCUUGCAACAACUGAGAUCUUGAUCUGAUUUAAACCUUUGUCAGGAUGCUUAUUAAAAGAAUGCUUAAAGUAUGGUUGGGAAUACUGUUAAGUAAGUUUUUCCCCUUUUAGAGGGGGAAAAAUGAAUGGGGUUAAGAAAAUGUCAUUAUAAAGUUUUUUCAUAACAUGUUCUUCAGAUUCAUCUCUGUACAUUACAGAUGUUGUCCUGUUUUUGCUUAAAAUAACCAUAACUAUUUCAGACACUGUGUUGUCAGUUGAUCUAAUGACCACCAGCAGAUUCUCAGAUUUGAUAGUUUGGAAGGCAAGCUCUUCCCAGGUGUAGUGUAGCAUGAGCCUUCUGACCUUCACGUCAUAGUGACAUAUAAGAAAAGGACAAUAUAAUGUUCUUCCUCCCUCCUUCCUCUUACUUUGAAAUGUAUGUUAGAAUGUUAUGUAUUGUAAAAAUCCAUAUUUAGAAUUUCACUUUUUCUACGAUUAGUAAAAUGCCAAAGUAGUGAAUAGGAUAUUAUGGCAUUGAAGUAGCAGGAAAAAUAUGUUAGUUUUAGCAUCAAAAAGUAAAAUCAACAUGGAAAUGAAUUUUUGUAUAUGCCAGGUUGAGGAGAUUACAUCAGUGACAGGAGUAGUGUAAAAAAAUACAAUUUAAUCAUUUGCAGUUUAAAUACAUUCUGAAAGACAAUCUAAAACAGGAGAAAUCAGGAGGUUAUCAGUGAACCUACACCAACCUCUGGCAAUAUAGCUAGAGAUUAAAAUCAGUAUCUUAAACUGGCCAUUACAGUUAAACCAUUUAUAGUUUAGAAAAUACAUUUUUUUUCCUUACAAAUGUCCGGUUUUUUUUUCUAAAAGCAUCUUUAAUUUUUUGUGUUUACACUUGUAUGUAUGUACAUUCUUAUUAUUCUAGCAUUCAUACAAUUGUGCACGCACUAUUUCUCCCCUUUGAGAACAUUCAGUUAAAUAGAAUUUGAUCAAAGAGCUGCUCAAAGGAUAUAUAGCAUAUGAGCAUGCAAAAGGAUGCUUAUUCUGGGAUAGAAAAGGUCAUGCAGCUUUGUGGCUUGCAGGGCCAUAAUAUUUAUUAUCUUCCUUAAAAUGGUGACUGGGGACCAGCAGCUGAUUUUCUCAGGAUGUGUUCACCCUGCCUCUCUGAACAAGUCUGGGGAGCCUAAACUUCCACUUUCAUACUUAAGUACCUGUUCGCACAAGCAAUUUGUAGAUGAAGAUUAAUGGAAUUGUUAGUACUCUGAGAGAAACCAUGACUUGAAUUUGUGUUUUUUCUGUCUUCACUUUUUGAUGAGAAGCAUUAAAAGUGUAGUGCAGGUAAGAUCCAGCGACCACAGUACUAUUAGAGAGCAAUUCUGUGUUUUUGUUGAAGUAUUUAAAAAAAUAUUUAAGCAGUAGUGUUCCCUGCAGGAAGAAUUUCCAGUUGGCAACUUAAAUUAAUUUUUUGUCUACUUGGAUAAAGCGGUUGACUUCUUAAACAAAAGCAAUAGUGUGAAAUGUGAUGUUAUUUUGUUUGUGAUGUUAAGUGAUCAAAUAAAAACCUGUUGAAAUUAUUGUAA